CCGUGAUCGAAUAUUCAUCGCAUCGAGGACCGAAACAUCACGUUCCUACUGCUGGGGAUUAGCAUCCAUCUUCCACACCACAAGCCCCUUAUCCUAUUUGACUUCCAACAUACAAUGCCUUCCUUCACAUCUGUGCACCUCGCCGAGCGACCGAAAGAUCGCAUUGUCCCCGGAAAAACCUUCACGACGAAACAGCGCUCUGUUCCUACCAUAUCCACCCUUAAAGAUGGCGAAGUCCUCUUCCAGACACUUUACCUUUCUCUCGACCCGGCAAUGCGUAGUUGGCUGAAUCCCACUCGUUCAUAUAUCCCACCUGUCCAGAUAGAUGAAGUGAUGCGCGGCUACGGCAUUGGCAUUGUCCAAGCUUCGAAAUCCCAAAAGUUCCCAGUAGGCACCUAUGCGAGCGGAAUGUGUGGUUGGACUGAAUAUGCUGUUCUAAAAGACAAACAACUCGAAGCACUUGAGUUACCCGAAGGAGCUGUGCCGACGGAUGAGCUGGGCGUUCUGGGUAUGACUGCUUUAACGGCGUAUUUUGGGAUUCUUGAUGUUGGGCAAGUGAAGGAAGGAGACUUUGUGGUUGUGUCUGGGGCUGCGGGUGCGACGGGAAGUGUUGUGGGGCAGAUUGCGAAGAUUAAGGGAGCCAGGGUUCUAGGUCUCGCCGGUGCCGACGAUAAGGUGAAGUGGUUGAAGGAAGAACUGGGAUAUGACGAAGCCCUUAAUUACAAGGACCCGGAAUUUAGGAAGAAGUUCCGCGAAGCGACGAAGGGUUUGAUCGAUGUCUACUUCGAUAACGUUGGUGGCGAAAUCCUGGACAUGGCACUUGCGAGAGCAAAGCCUCAUGCUCGAUUCAUCAUGUGCGGUGCUAUUAGCGAGUACAACAAGACCAAACCGCAAGGACCAAAGAACUAUCUUAUGAUCAUCUCCAUGCGAAUUCGGAUGCAAGGCUUCAUUGUCACAGACUACACGGCGCAAUUCCCCAAAGCGAAGAAGCAACUCGCGCAAUGGCUAUCAGAAGGAAAGCUGAAGCGGAAAGAAACGAUUAUCAAAGGUGGUCUUCCGAAAGCUGAACAGGCACUCGUAGACCUAUUCAAUGGAGCAAAUACAGGGAAAUUACUAGUGGAGGUUGCACAGCCGGAAGAUGCAAAGGCAAAGUUAUGAGAGCUAGAGAAAUUACCAGUGAUUGUACGAUAAAGGGCUAAGGUAAUGCCUGGUGCCUGAGAAAAUAGCCACUGUCGGCAUGCGUCUAGAUCCUACAUGCUGGCACAUAUGAAAAUAG